AUGACCUCUCUCGUACUCUCUCUCCCUCUCACUCCCACCCCGACGGGCGCUCGCACAGUCGCCUCCAAACUUGCCCUCUCCUCUCUCCGCCAAUCACAUCCCUUCCCGCGGUUUCCACUCCGCCUCCGAAAACCCAUAAAGACCACCGCCGCCUCAUUCGCCUACGUGUCCGGACCCGCCUCCGACGCGAUUGUCAGCGAGCCCGACCCGAAACUUGACGAGUCCGACGCCAAUGUCCAGCCCCCGAGCGUGAUUGGCUGGGGCCUCUUAUGGAGCCUCCUGCUCAAGCACAAGCUGCGGCUCGCCGUCUCCGCCUUCGCCCUCAUCGGCUGCAGUGCCUGCACUCUCUCAAUGCCCAUAUUUUCGGGGCGGUUUUUUGAAGUGCUAAUUGGGAAGAGGCCGGAGCCUUUGUGGAAGCUGCUGAGUAAAGUCGGUGUCUUGUAUGCAUUGGAGCCAAUUUUAACGGUCAUCUUUGUUAUUAAUUUGAAUACUAUUUGGGAAAAAGUUAUGUCCACGCUCAGAGCUCAGAUUUUUGGAAGGGUUUUGAUUCAGAAGGUCGAAUUUUUUGACCGUUACAAGGUUGGUGAACUGACGGGAUUGUUGACAUCUGAUUUGGGUUCUGUUAAAAGUGUUGUGAGCGACAACAUAUCGAGGGACCGAGGAUUCAGGGCACUUACUGAGGUUAUCGGGACAGUAUGCAUACUGUUUACUUUGGCUCCCCAACUUGCCCCAAUCUUGGCGGUGCUGAUGCUCACUGUGUCUAUUUUAGUUGCUGUAUACAAGAGAUCAACUGUGCCUGUUUUCGUGGCUCAUGGAUUGGCGCAAGCAUCUAUAUCUGAUUGUGUGUCAGAAACAUUUUCUGCCAUACGCACUGUAAGAUCCUUUGGUGGGGAAAAGCGCCAAAUGAUAACAUUUGGUAGACAGGUGCUAGCUUACCAGAGCAGUGGGAUAAAGCUUGGGACUUUUAAAUCUGUUAAUGAAUCUUUGACUCGAGUUGUUGUUUACAUAUCUCUAAUGGCCUUAUAUUGUCUUGGAGGAAGCAAAGUGAAGGCGGGUGAACUCGCUGUUGGAACUGUGGCUUCUUUCAUUGGUUAUACUUUCACAUUAACAUUUGCUGUUCAAGGUCUGGUUAACACCUUUGGAGACCUUCGUGGAACUUUUGCUGCUGUGGAGAGGAUUAACUCUGUUUUAUCUGGGGUAGAAAUUGAUGAGGCCCUCGCUUAUGGUUUAGAAAGGGAAAUGCAACAAAAGAAAUUACUUGAUGAAAAUUACAGAUUGUUCCUCAUAGAUGGUCUGAGCGAGACAAAUCAGUCAGUAAAUACACAUUACAUGUCAGCUCUGAAAUCGGGUAGUAACGUUAGUCGCUUAGCUUGGUCUGGCGAUGUUUGUCUUGAAGAUGUGCAUUUCUCUUAUCCUUUGAGACCUGAUGUAGAAAUUCUAAAUGGUCUAAAUCUAACGCUAAAGUGUGGAACUGUAACUGCUCUAGUCGGCUCAAGUGGUGCAGGAAAAAGUACUAUUGUACAGCUACUGGCACGUUUCUAUGAGCCAAAUAGAGGCCGUAUAACGGUUGCAGGAGAGGAUGUUCGAACAUUUGACAAGAGUGAAUGGGCACGGAUUGUUUCUAUAGUCAGUCAGGAACCUGUACUCUUUUCGGUAUCUGUUGGAGAAAAUAUUGCAUAUGGGCUUCCGGAUGAUCACGUGUCAAAGGAUGACGUGAUAAAAGCCGCAAAAGCUGCAAAUGCUCACGAGUUCAUAAUUUCACUUCCACAGGGUUACGAUACACUGGUUGGUGAACGUGGAGGUCUACUUAGUGGUGGCCAGAGACAGAGAGUCGCUAUUGCGAGAGCUCUGCUUAAGAACGCCCCAAUCCUAAUACUUGACGAGGCCACCAGUGCGUUGGAUGCAGCGAGUGAGCGCCUAGUCCAGGAUGCACUGGACCAUCUGAUGAAGCGGAGGACAACGUUGGUGAUUGCUCACCGAUUAAGCACAGUUCAGAAUGCGCAUCAAAUUGCAUUGUGUUCUGAUGGGAGGAUAGCUGAACUAGGAACCCACUCUGAAUUAUUGGCCAAGAAAGGUCAAUACGCUUCACUGGUUGGCACUCAGAGGCUGGCAUUUGAAUGAUUUUGAAACAUCUCCGAUUGUUGAAAACAAGUAAACGACAACGGAGCACACAAGUGAGUUGUAUCCAUAUAGCAUAUAAAGUGAUGGCUGUAGUUACAGAACAAGAACGAUAGCACAGAAAAAAAUUCAUAACUUUUAUGGUA